GGAUGGUGGACCCCACUGGCCAUGACCCUGGCCAGUACCUGACCCACUGUGAAAUCUUUUGCCUGUCACCUCCGUACGUUAGGGUGGCUGAGAGAUUUAACCCCUGACGGGACCCUCCAAAUGAACACAGGGCGACCCUGGUCGAAGGGUUUGGCAGGGGCACGAUCAUACCGAAAGCUGAGUCACUCGGCGAUACAAACACAGCCAUUUCGAUGCAGCCAGGAUUUGCUUUUCUUUUGCCACGCGGCUUUCUUUAUAAUUACGCGGGUGGCCGAAGAUGGAUGGCCGAAAGAUGGAUGGCCGAAAGAUGGAUGGCCGAAAGAUGGAUGGCCACACCACCACGCAGUUCUUGGCAUGAUUUGAUAACAUUUGCUGCAUCAUGGCACUGGUGUCCGUUAUCCGCCUGUCUCGGCUCCUGCAUGUCGCGUCGACAAUCUCGGUCUUGUUCUUUGUUUUUGUUUCCUUUCUCUUCCACUACGGCAAGACAAAUUACGAUGCCUGCGCGAUACUGCGAAAGAACGUGCUGAGGACGGCCGUUGUUGGCCUCAUCGCGGGAGCAUAUGGCGCCGAGAGCGUCCUGGUCGCCCUACGGGGCGAUGGCCUUGGGAUAAAUCAGGAGCAUUCAGUUGCCGCUGCCUACUAUGCCGUGGCCUGGACUGCUGUCUGUCUUGGGCGGCGACUUGUGGUAGCGGAACUUUUCGGCCUCGCGACACUUUCACUUCUCUCUGGCGUUCCGUCAUUAACAAUUGAGGCUGCAGCAGGAGGGCGAAGCAAAGAGGAAACGGCACUGCUGACCCUCCCGUUCAUCCGGCUGCUGCUCGUUGUCUGCUCGUUUGCUGACUGCCUCUCUCGAUUCGCCUGGCGCAAACAAAAAAAUGGCAUCGUGGAAGAGGAAACUCCCUUUCUCAGUGACAGCACCGACAGCCAAUCCUACGGCACGGAUCGACUAUCCGUCGGCACCGACUCGACCUCGGACUCCAGCGGGGAUGGCCAAGAUGAUGCCGAAGAUGAUGAUGACGACGACGACGACGACGGACAAGAUGUCCGAACUACGCAACUCCGCAGAAGCGGCAGCUGGACGGUCUACCUCAAACACUUCAAAAUCUUCCUCCCGUACCUUAUACCUAGGAACGACGUCAAGGUCCAGGCAUGCCUGUUUGCGUCCCUCCUCUGCCUCAUCGGCAAUCGGAUUCUCAACAUUCUCGUCCCCGCACAGCUAGGCCGCAUCACCGACAAGCUCCUCACCCGCCAGCUCCCGUACGCCGAUCUUGCCUUCUAUCUCCUCCUAACGCUCCUGCACGACAGCUCAGGCUUGGGCAUGAUCCAGGCUCUCGCCAAGAUCCCAGUCGAGCAGUUCUCGUACCGGCGGCUCACCAACGCGGCCUUUGCGCACGUCAUGUCCCUGGCCAUGGAGUUCCACGCCGAUCGUGACUCGGCCGAGGUGAUGAAGGCAGUGGAACAGGGCGGCGCGCUGACGCGGGUGCUCGAGACGGCGGUGCUGGAGAUGCUUCCUACCGUGGUGGACAUGGCCGUCGCCUUCGUGCUGCUAUACGCCAAGUUCAACUCGGCCGUGGCGCUGUGCAUGUUGACGGCGUCGCUUGCCUUUUUUGCCGUCGAGGUGGUCACAUCUAGCUGGAACGUUGACAACCGACGUCGCGUCACGGGCGCCGAGCGCCGGGAAGCGAGGGUCAUGCACCAGGCCGUCCAGGGUUGGGUUACCGUCUCGGCGUUUAACAUGUUCGCCCACGAGCGGCUGCGAUUUGGUCGCGCCGUAGACAAGCACCUUGCGGCGAAGAGGGACUGGUCGCAGUGGGACGCGUAUAUCACGGCGCUCAGUGAGGGGCUCAUUCCCGUCACAUUCUUCGCCUUGGCCUGCCUUGUCGCGAACGAGGUGCAUGCAGGGAGGGCGUCGCCGGGCGACUUUGUUUUCCUGAUCCAGUACUGGGAUUUUCUGAUCUGGCCCAUCCGGCUCCUCUCGCACGAAUACCGCUAUCUCAUGUCGGACCUUAUCGACGCCGAGCGGCUGCUCGACCUGCUUAGUACGGAGCCGACUGUCGCCGACAAGGAGGGCGCACCACCGUUAGGCUCCGUUGAAGGGAGGGUGGAGUUCGACCACGUCGAGUUCGCCUACGGCGAUAAGCGACAAGCGAUCCGCGAUGUCAGUAUUCUUGCGCGCCCUGGGGAGACUGUCGCACUGGUGGGCACGACGGGCGCGGGCAAAUCCACGCUUGUGAAGUUGCUGCUGCGGUACUACGACGUCAACGGCGGCAGUGUCCGCAUCGACGGGCAAGAUGUGCGCGACGUUACGCAAGGUUCCCUACGAGACGCCAUCGGCGUCGUGCCGCAGGAUCCCCUACUCUUCAACGCUUCCAUCAUGGAGAACCUCCGGUACGGGCGCCUCUCUGCCUCGGACGAGGAAGUCUACGAGGCGUGCCGCGCGGCCGCCAUCCACGACAAAAUCCUCUCCUUCGCCCAAGGGUACGCUACGAAAGUCGGCGAGCAGGGCGUCAAGCUGUCGGGCGGCGAGGUGCAGCGGCUGGCCAUCGCGCGUGUCUUCCUCAAGGACCCGCCCAUCCUGGUGCUCGAUGAGGCGACGAGCGCGGUUGACACGGGGACCGAGGCCGAGAUCCAGGCGGCGCUGCGGCGCGUCAGCAGGAAGCGCACGACGUUUGUGGUCGCACACCGGCUGUCGACUGUGGUGCGCGCGGACCAGAUCCUCGUACUGGAAGAUGGUGUGAUCGUGGAAAGGGGCAGGCACCAGGAGCUGCUGGACAAGCGGGGGAGGUAUGCUGCCUUGUGGCGGAAGCAGCUUGGUGGCACUGACGAGGAUCCCCUGCUCGAUGCCUAAACUUCGUGAUUUGUUAUAUUACUGUUAGACUGGGUGUAGAAGGCGUUCCUAUCAUUGGAUCCAAGGUACUGCACUCCAACCAUUACUGGAUUCCGCAGAGUCGUAGCAGACUCUUGGAGCAUAUGCGAGAGGGCUCGUUUCGAAGAUACGUAGCAUUUCGGGGUUGACAC